AUGCGUGCCUUUAUUGUCUUGUGUUUGGUAGCUGCUGCCUGUGCUCAAUCCGGCUAUAAUUAUCAGGCUGGUAUCAGUGGUGGUAAUAUUGGUGCUUCCUCUAAUGUUGCACCCACCUUUACUGCUGCCUCAUCGGCUGUCCCCUCAUUUUCAUCCUCUGGAUCUGAAUAUGGAGUUUCCGAAAAUGUAGGUGCCCCUUCUAAUACCUCUCCCGUUCAAGCUGAAUUGGAAAAGGAAUUCUACACCUUCAGCGCCAAUGAUGAGGAUUUCAAUGACCCAGCUGCCUCCAAUCAAUUCAACAAUGCCGUCAAACAAGGUCUUCGUGUUAUCUUCAUUAAGGGCCCUGAAAAUAAUGGUUUGGAAGAUGCUGCUCUCGCCUUGGCCAAACAAGCUGCUGAACAACAAACCGCCAUCUAUGUUCUCAACAAACAAGCUGAUCUUUCCGAUUUGGCCAACAAAUUGAACAAUGCCAAUGAUAAUGUCAACCACAAACCUGAAGUUCAUUUCGUCAAAUAUCGUACCCCUGAAGAUGCUGCCAACGCCCAAAAGGCCAUUCAGGAACAAUACAAUUCCUUGGGUGGUACCAGCCAGAGCUUCAAUGGUGGUGUUGCCCCAGCCUUGAACUUUGCUUCCCAAGCUCCAGUUGCUCCUGCACCAGCAGUUGCUGCAUCAACUCCUGCCACUAGUGCCACAUAUUUGCCUGCUUCUAUUUUCCGUCGCUUCCGUUUGUAA